GGGCUCUGCGCGCCCGCAUUUGGCAAUGCACCUGUUUGUCUGGCACACCUGGCUGUGCACCUGAGUGGUGAAAGCGGAAACACCCACAGGGACCUACCCACCCACCGGCGGGAGGCGCCCGGGGACCCGGAGGUGGCCGCGCCCUGCACCGCCGCCGCCGCGCUGACCUUCAGCUCCCGGCGCCAGGCUGGCUCGCGGGGCGCCGGAUCCACUGCCUCCAGCAGCCUCCGGGACAGGGGCCGGGCCCGGGGAGCAGCGGGGCAGGCAUGGCGGACCCCGAGGCCGUGGCCGAGGACCUGGACGCCCUCAUCGACGACCUGGACUACCUCCCGGGCCACUUCCACCUGGAGAUGCAGCUGAACUUUGAGCCGCGCUCGCCGGCCUCCCUGCGCGCCCGGGACCUGAAGCUGCAGCGGGAGGGCCUGCGGCAGGAGCUGGCGCUGGCGGCCGCCCUCCCGCGGCGCUCGGCGGUGCGCCACCUGCUGGGCGCCUGUGCCUUCUACCUGGAGGAGCUGGACGAGGCCCGCGAGAGCUUCCUGCAGGUGGCCCGCGAGGACCCGGGCAACCUCAACGCCUGGGCCAACCUGGCGCACGUGUACGGGCGGCUGGGGCAGGAGGAAGAGGAGGAGGCCUGCGCCGCGAGGCUGGCCGGCCUCAUGGGCCUGGCGGCCGAUGCAGACUCCGAGGCGGACGGGGAUGCCCACGCCCGCGCCGCGCGCUGCCUGGCGGAGCAGGGCUAUGCCCAUGGCUUCGACGUGGGCUGCGCCAGCCCUGAGGAGCGCGCACGCGUGCUGGCGGCGGGCAUCACGCUCUACGACAAGGCGCUGAGCUACGGGCAGCAGAUCCCCAUGGAGGAGAAAAGGGGCUGGUACUUCACCAUGGCAACGCUUUUCAUCAGGCUCGAUGGCAUCUUCCUGGAGCUGGGCAGAGAGGAGCAGACGAGGCUGCCCGCCUUCAACCGCACCCUGGCCCUGCUCCGCCAAGUCCUCAAGUCCUCGGACCCCCACCACCGAGCCCUGGCCUGGUGCUACCUCGGGAUGCUGCUGGAGAGGAAGCACACCUUCUCCACCACCCCCAUGGGCGUCCACGACUGCGGGUUCUCAGGGACCGACCCCCUGGAUUGCUUUGGCAAGGCCAUCGAGAUUGCCAAGGACCAGCCCCCGAUCCUGAAUCGCCUGGCCAAAAUCUUCCACUUCCUAGGGAAGCAGGAUAUGGCCAUUGGCACCUGCAACAUGGCCCUGGAUAUCCUGCGCGACCCGGAGCUCAACUGGCAGGCGUACUGCACGAGGGCCAAGGUCCAUGUCAGAGCCUACCUUCACGACCUGGAGCGGGUCAAGAUGGGGCUCGGAGGCAUGCCAGACAGGAACCACCUGGCCUGCGCCAAGGCAGACCUGGAGGAAGUGGUCAAGGUAUGCCCCGGCCUCAAGACCUACCUGGACAUCGGCCAGGUCUACUACUACAUGGGCGUGGACGCGAUGCGGGAGCUGCUGGCGGUGGAUGAGGCGGCGCUGAACCAGGCGCUGGUCUUCCUGGCCAAGGCGGGCGAGCUGGAGCUGGGCGCCACGCUGCCGGAGCUGCAGCUGCUGCGGGGCAAGUGCCUGCGCAUCAAGGGCGAGGAGGCCAACGCGGCGGCCUGCUUCAAGCGCGUGGUGGAGCUGGACGACGCGGGCUGCAGCCACCCCGAGGGCUUCGGCUGCCUGCUGGAGGCGCUGCUGGCGCAGUGGAGCCAGGCGCAGCUGAGCGACGGCGAGCUGGGCCGCGAGGUGGACGCGUGGCUGCGCCGCGCCCAGGGCAAGUACCCGGCGGCGCGCCUGCGGCAGGAGCUGCAGCGCGUGUGGCGCGGGCACACGGGCGAGGUGCUGGGGCUGGCGCGGGCCCUGGUGGCCCAGGGGCGCCCGGCGCUGGUGCGGCUGCUCUUCGAGACCAUGGAGCGCGAGGGCGAGGGCGAGGGCGCCGGUGCCGGGGCGCCGCGGGGCCGCCGGGCCUUCUCCUUCUGAGGCCCCGCCCCCGAGGCCCUGCCCACAGCCAAUGACAGAUUCAGACUUGAGCCUCACUUCCAGAUUUGUGGGCCAGUGUUCUCUGCCCUUUCGGGGCUGCCUCCUUUGCCAAGUCUAAAGGACAACCGGCCUUCCAUUCCUUCACUCAACCAGUACAUACCAAGCACCAGCCAAGUGCCAAGCAUAAUGCCAAGCUCUGGCUCUAGAUGAGAACAAAACAGACCUGCGCUUAGCUUCAGGGAGCUCACAGGCUGGACCCUGCACAGCAGGUUACACAUGGCCUUGUGGGCUGCAGUGGAGACUUGUGGAGACGAACAGGAAGCUGUGGAAGAUUGUAGCUGGCAGAGCUGGCUGCCCUCCCCCUCCACACCAGUCAUACGCAUCCUCCCGUAUUAGUGGCCUCUUCCCAGCCCAGUUGGGAGGAGAGUAGGGCUGCCCCUGGACCUCGGGACCUGGUCCUUGGCCACCCCCCUCCAGCAAGCCACUGCUGAAGCCAGACCUUGCGCUUCCAGGACUCUGGCUGGUUGGGGGGGGGCUAGUGGGUGGGUGAUCUUUAUUUAAUUACAAUGUUAAACACCCCUGCCCACUGGGCAGCUGGGGGAACUGCCUGUCACACAACUGAAGCAGCAGGCGCUCCUUAGGGGAGCGCUGCAGAGUAAAAGCCUUAAUGACCCCAUAGUGGAGUAAUGAAGAUAAAUCACACCUCGCGCUGCCUGCCCACUCCUUCCUCUGCGUCUAGCACCAACCUCAGGCAGCCAGAAACGCCCGUGGAGCCAGUGUGAGCCAGGCGUGGUGAAGGAAAGCAGGUGAGAUUUUUCAGUUGCAGGGUUCCAGAAUCUCGGAGUUGGAAAGAACCUUAGUCAUCGCCUCUUCCAACUUCUCCAUCUAAAGCGGGACUCCUUGCCCGGCUGGUGUGGCUCAUUGGUUGAGUGUUGACCUAUAAACCAGGAGGUCACUGAUGGAUUCUUGGUCAGGGCAAGUGCCGGGGUUACAAGUUCGAUCCCCAGUGUGGGGCAUGCAAGG